AACUUAAUAGGAAAAAAAAAGCAGUUAUUGAUAAAUGUUUAUUGAAACACCCAGCAAAGUUUGUUUUUAUUUUAAGAAGGGCUUUUAUGGUUAAUAAGCAAUGGAUGAAUUUCGUGCAUUUUUUAAUAAUCCUUGCCCAUCCAGUGCUCAAGUAACAAAACUUAAAGGUCCACUUACUGGUGGGCUUCGUAUCACGAAAAAUGAUACACUUAAUGCAUUAAAUAGACGAGAAGAACACCGUCAAUCCGUUGUCCUCAGUGGCACGGAUUACGCUCGAGAAGUCAAGGAAAGAGAAACAGAAAUGUAUUUGAAGAAUGAAAGAGAGCGGGAGACAUUCGAGAGUAUGUCCGGAGGGCUAGAUUCUCUGGAACAAUUGUCAUCGUGGGGAGCGUCUAUGCAGAAUGUUGAAAUGUUAACGGACGUAGCUAUGACGGAAGUCUAUAACAAGUAUUCUUUCCAGAUGAGAGAGGAUACAAAAAGCUUAGCCAUACAUGAAUUUCAUGACAAUAUUAUGGACAGGAUUAAGGCAUUUCCAGUUGUCAUAAUAGAAGGUCCAACUGGAUGUGGUAAAACAACCCAAGUGCCCCAAUGGAUACUUGAUGAUGCUUAUAACAACCGGAAGCCCUGUAAGAUUGUUGUGACACAACCUAGGAAAAUAGCAGCUAUAUCUAUUUCGAAAAGAGUGGCUCAAGAAAGAGGUUGGGAUGUUGGUGGUGUUGUUGGUUAUCAGGUUGGCCUUGAAAACAGAACAUCUAAAGAUACAAGGAUUAGCUAUGUUACUACUGGGGUAUUGUUACAAAAACUAGUAUCUGCAAAGAAUCUGAAUGAAUAUACACAUAUAAUUCUUGAUGAGGUCCAUGAACGAGGUCAAGAAAUGGAUUUUUUGUUAAUAGUAGUUAAAAAAUUACUAUACACAGUGUCUCCAGGUGUCAAAGUAGUUCUUAUGUCAGCCACAUUUAAUUGCAAAGCCUUUGCCGAUUACUUCCUGAUCCCUACACCUCGAGGAUUUCAGAUGUCAUCCUGCUUAAAAGUUACAAAUAAACAAACAUUCACUGUUAAGACAUUUUAUUUGAAUCAUCUAAACAAGUUUGGUUCAAUUCUUCAACAAGCGACACCGAAAAAUGAUGAACCAAUUAUCCUGCCAGAUAUGUACCACCUUGUAAUUAAACUGGUAAAUGCUUUUGAACUAAUAGACAAGAAAGAAGAAUAUACAGAGAGGGAGGGAGCUGAUCUGCCAUCUGUGCUUAUAUUUCUUCCCGGUAUACAUGAAAUUGAGGAGCUUUAUUCUUGCCUGACAGAUGUUGUAUUAAGGAGGAAACUAGCAGACGCAGAGUGCGCCUCUUAUAAGUGGUGGGUAUUACCACUACAUUCCACAAUAACAGCGGAUGAACAAGUGAGGGUGUUCCAAAGAGCUCCUCCCGGACACCGCAAGAUUAUCCUUGCUACUAAUAUCGCUGAGAGUUCUAUUACUGUACCUGACAUUAAGUAUGUCAUAGAUUUCUGUCUGAUGAAAGUAUUGGUAGCAGAUCAAAACACGAACUUCACAUCUCUUCGACUACAAUGGGCAUCUAAGACCAACUGCGAGCAACGAGCGGGGCGGGCGGGGAGAGUUCGAGACGGCCGAGUUUACAGACUUGUCACUGAUAAGUUUUAUGAUAACUUUUCACAAGAUUGCAAACCCGAAAUGAUUCGGUGUCCACUAGAGCGUCUCGUGUUAUUGGCUAAGAUAUUGGACAUGGGCACGCCCAGCAAUAUACUGGCUCUGGCCAUGGAUCCGCCGGAUAUGUCCAACAUACAUAGAACUAUUCUUGUGCUUAAAGAGGUUGGUGCCCUGAAGAAGACGUUGGGUAACGAGUGGUGCGUGUCGGACGGUGACCUCACGUACUUGGGACGUGUGAUGGCCAAACUGCCGCUCGACGUCAGGAGCUCCAAGCUCAUUGUACUCGGAUACAUAUUUGGAUGUUUGGAGGAGAGUGUUAUUAUGGCUGCUGGAAUGACUGUGAAGAAUGUGUUCAGUAGCCCUUUCCGAGAACGUCUCAACGCUUACAACUCGAAGUUAACCUGGGCUGAUGGUUCUACAAGUGAUUGCAUCGCACUACUUAAUGUUUAUAAGGUCUGGAACCAUCUCCGUCAGCAAAAGUACUUCAAACAGCAAGACACUAAUGAGGUCCAAUGGGCUCGACGUUUCUACGUCCAAGUACGAGCUCUGAGGGAGUUGGAUGAUAUGGUUCGCGAAUUGCGUCAGAGACUCUCCAGAGAAGGCAUCGAGGCUUCCAAGGGGAACUCUCCGUGGAACAAACAUGAGUUGCCGCUAGUGCUCAAGGUCAUAAUAGCGGGCGCGUUCUACCCGCAAUACUUCGUGCAAGUGACGACGGACGAGGCCCGCGAGCGGGACGCCGUGCGCGCGCUGGGCGGGCUGGACCCGCGCCGCUCCGUGUACCUGCGGGGCUUCCCCGACGGGCAGCCCGGGCGCGUGUACGCCGCCGCCGUGCGCAGUGUCGUGCGCCAGCACCUCGGAGACGAGCCCAGGGUCACCUUCGACAGGAACAGCCGAAAAGUUUACUUAACAUUCAACGAUAAUAAUCCAAAUGUAAAAAACGAUCAAAAUUCAGGCGGUGAUCCCACGAUUCCCGGACAAGUUGUGUUGUCGGUAUACAAAGCGGUUAAAGCGAGACAGUUAAAAAUAGAUUUCAGAAUUCCUUUACUACCAAUCGAAAAGGCAAACGCUCUCGCUGAAGCGAUGGAAGAAGAAAAAGCAAGUGUGGAUAUGAAUAAGAUGGUUCCCCGUCUUCCGGACAUAGAUGAUACACAUUUCCCCUUAAAAAUAUCUCAAAUGAUCGACAUCGGCAAGUUCUGGGUGCAGUACGACGACGAGUCGACUGCGUCCGAGUUGCGGGAGAUACAGACGACACUCAACCGCAAGCAGCUGCUCGUCUACGCCGAAGUGCCGCACCUCGACGCGCUCGUGGCCGCGCCCUACGCCGACAGCAGCGGCACGCAGCUGUUCCGCGCACGUGUCACCGCGCUGCUGCCCAAGGACAUGCUCGAGGUGUUCUACAUAGACUACGGCUCCGUGGGGCGCGUGGGCUCGUGCAGCCUGCGUGAGUUGCCGGCCGGCCCGUGUUGUACCGUCCCGCCGCUAGCCAUGCGCUGUGCGUUGAUGGGCGUCGCUCCCGCGCCGCUGCUGCACGCGCACGCGCACUGGACGCCCGCCGCGCAGAGACUGUUCACCGAGCUGGUGGCGCGCGGCCGGCUGCUGGCCAAGAUCUACUCGGUGGCUCAUGGUAUUGUCUCUAUCGAACUUUUAGCCGAAGGGGGAAAGUUGAAUAUCAACAAGGAGUUAUUGGACAAGGGUUUCGCUAUAACCUGCGAAGAGAGCUAUGAUUCGAAGUUGAAUCACGAUCUGAGGCAGACGGCAACUGAAUUGAAUAUGGCACAAAAGCGCGCCUACAAUAAGGAGCAGACGGAACUCGCUUUCAAUCGACUACGAGAAAUGGAGGCUCCUAGUUAUAAGGAGUGCAUAUCGGACGUGUGCCUUAAAGGACCUGACAGUCCGCUGGAGUCGACUCUGCACAACUUAAUGUAUGCGAGUCGUGACAAGCAAGUAUGCGUGGAGUGGAACUCGAUCAACUCCGUGCUCCUCGAUACGGAGCCACAGGAGGUGUACGAAAGGCUAUUGGUAGCAGCCGAGGUUGGUCAGAAUGAAAUAAGCAGUAAGCUGACACUGCGUCAUACAACACUGAUGCCAAACAUACGGGGUCUUCCCGCGAUCAUCGCGCUUCUGUUCUGUCCCGAAGCGGAGCUGCGGCGCGACGCGGGCGGCUCGCGCUACGUGAGCGUGCUGUGCGGGCUGGGCAGCGACGCCGCCGGCGCGCCGCGCUUCCCCGAGCACGACCUGCUCGUCGACAUCGACGCCGACCUCGCCGUCGACGACAUCGGCCUCAUCAAUCAUAUUCGUUAUCUAAUGGACUAUAUGAUGUACUGCAACGAUGGUCAAGACAUCCCUUCGUGUGAUGAUGACUUCAGGCCGAACGUACCGAAGUUCAUACGAGACGAUUUGAUGCAGCUACUGUUAAAACGUCGUAAGCACCGCGAACCACAAACCGUUGUUAACGCGUGGGAAUGGAAGUCGAUCCCCGAAGAAGAAGUGCUGGAGAUAACUAUCCCGGAUAUGGUGGAGAGAGCCGUGGUGUAUCCACUGCAUGCGCCCUUAGAACUGUACCCGGUGUCCAGGGAUAAACUCCUGGCUCUAAAACGGGACAACGAUGAGCUUAAAAUGCUCGUCAGUAGGACACUACUCGCAUCAAACUCGGAUCUCGUCUGCAAGCUGUGUGGGACAAUUCCGAUGCCAACGCACGCUAUGCGCAUACAUCUCUGUUCCAAUGCGCACCUGGAGAAAGAGGAGGAUUUCCGCCUCGUACAAUCGUAGACAAUGUAUUUAUAUGACACACUGUAAACAUAUAAAAUAAUAUUAAUUCGUGUUUAUAAUAUAUGACACAUUCCUUCUGAUAGUACAAAACGUUAUUGUUAGAAAAAAUAAUUUUAUAUAAGAUAAUCAAAUACGACAAUGUUAACAUCAACAUUUAUAAGCGAUUGUGAAAGCGUUUCGUUUCUAUCGAAUAUUAAUUAUAUGUAGUCAAAGCCAAAGUGUUAUUUAAGUUCGUUUUUCGGUAGAAUUUAUAAUUCUCAUAUUUAGAUCUGCUUCUUUUAUAGAAUACAUAAAUAUACCUCAACAGGGUUCCUAGUUAUAUUUUCUUACUAUCUAAAUAUUUUUUUAGAUAAGAUUUUUCUCUGUCGUGUAAUCGAGUAAAUAAGUUGAUGAGUGUUUUUAUAUUUUUUUAAAAUUAUUAAUAAGUGAUUUCUGAUAUAUGACUAUUAGACCACGUUUACACUUAGCCACUUCACUAAAUUUGAAAGUAAAUUUUAUUAUUAAACAUAAACGGCUUUACUUAUAAAUUUUAGGGGUGAUUUGAUAAACAAUAUAGUGUCUUCUUCUUACGAAACUCAAAUCAAUAAUGACAGAAAGAGAGAUAUCAUUACCUUUUAAUAUCAAACAUCCAACAACGAUAACUUGGCAUACUUAUUUCUCAAAAACACUUACUGCAGCAUCAGAGGUAUUUGUUUAGUAUUUAUACACAAUCACUAAGCUUAAGUGAUCUGACAGGACUAGUAAUAUUGCUGUCCCUUUUUUAUGUAUAUUGUUAAAAAGGAUAGCAAUAUUUUAGCCCUGUCAUAAGUAACUUUCUCAUGUAUAUUGUUAAAAAAGGAUAGCAAUAUACACUAAGUCCUGCUCUGCAGUAAGUAAUUUUGAGAAUAAGAGAAUAGGUGCCUGUGUUAUGCCAAAGGCUGGCAUGGCAUGGUAUCACUGCUACACUAGUGAGCUGAAUGUUUGUUUGGUAUGAUAUCAUUCGACUUUAUAUUGUUACUUUAAAGUAUUUUGAUAUUCAUGAAACUUAUUUGAUAAGAAAUAAAUUGAUUGACAUA